GGUAACAUGGUAAAGCUCAACUACCUAAGGGUCACAAAUACGUUCAACUACCAUUCUUCUCUGUACUUUACUAUAGCCAUUUUAUUGUUCCAGUUCUACCAUUGACGUGCCUUUGAUUAAUUAAUUAAGAAAUAAGAAUCAUCCGGCUUCUAUAUAUUAAUAGCAACAAAAUUCAUAACCUUCCUCAUCCCCUAACAUAUCUUUUACUCCCCGCAUCUAUCUAUAUAUCUUUCGUUGAAAACUGUCUUCGACAAUGGACGACAUAGAUCACUCUUCUUCUUCUUCUUCUUCUCAACAUGUUUCUGCAAACUCUACAGAACAAGUGUCCAAUCGAGCUUCCAAGGUUGAAUUUUCGGAGGAUGAGAAAACUCUUAUUUCCAGGAUGUAUAAACUUGUUGGGGACAGCAGGUGGCCCUUAAUUGCCGGAAGAAUUCCCGGAAGAACAGCUGAUGAAAUAGAGAAGUAUUGGACUUCAAGAUACUCAUCAAGAAACGAAUAAUUAAAUUCUGCCACAGAACCUAUACUCUUGGCUUGGAGCAAGAAAUUUUUGGGAGCUUAGUGAAUUUUAAUUUGUGAUGAUGAGACCCAAAACAAAAGAAAGUGUGCUUUAAUAUAAUUUAGUACACGUAUUUUUAUCUGUAUUUGGGUUUAAAUUUUGACCAAAAAUGGGGUCAAGCAGUUACCUUAGAAGUUAGAACUUAAAAGCUGGUGUUUGUGAUAUAUUGUGGAUCUUUUAAAUGUUACUUGGCGUGUAUGGUUACUUCAAUUUAUAAAUUAUAAUCACUUAUCCACUUGCUGGUAUUAGUAUGA